AUGUCCAAUCAGUCUGGAAUAACCGCCAACGAGGCAUUGCUGUCUCAAAUCGGCUCUCUGGUCAAUGACAGCUCCAGCGGCGCUGUUGUUGUUGCAGAAAUCUCAGCUGACAACACUACUGUUGACUUGCACUCUGUUUUAUCCAACUUGGAAGAAUUGCCAGAGUAUGCCUCUCGUAACAACUAUCCGCAGUAUUUCUUCAUUCGCCAGGGCUCGGGCAUCGUUUUUGUUUCGUACGUUCCAGAAUCAUCCCCAGUGCGUUCCAAAAUGCUAUACGCUUCGACUAAAAACACUGUGUUGAGACAAAUCGGUUCAAAUCACGUCUCGCAACAACUGUUGCUGUCACUUCCGGAGGAAUUGGUUGCGAAAACUUGGGAAAAUGCUUCUAGAGAAGAUGCGCCUCUGACUGCUUCGGAACAAAUCAGUGAUAGCAUUUCAAGACAACAACGAAUGGAACACGCCAGAGGUGGUCAACAACUUGUCUCACAAACAGGCGGCACUUCCCAUACCCUUUCUUUCAAAAUUUCAAGCGAAGAACCUAUUUCAACGCUACUAGAAAAGAAUAACCUUAUUAUCUUCAGAAUUGAUCUCACCAAAGAGCAGGUAGAGGUACUGGAAACCAAACAAGUGUCACAGCCUUCAGAAAUCGUAUUCUUACUCAAAAGCGAUCACCCAACGUACAACCUUUACACACACCAGGGAAAGACGUACUUUAUCUAUAGCUGUCCCUCCGGCAGCAAAGUGAAAGAACGCAUGCUGUACGCUUCCAACAAGACCGGGUUUAUCAAACAUCUUUCCGAAGUGGACUCAUUGAUACUUGAAUCUGUCUCAGAGAUCGGGGAUGCCUCUGAGUUGGAUCUCUCAAAACUGGGAUACGCCGGAUCAACAGUGCAGGACACUACAAACGCAGCACCGGGGCAACUCAAAUUCAAUAGACCCAAGAGACCCGGUAGAAGAGCAUGA